CUGUCCAUGUUUAAAGUAAUAACAUAAAUAUAAAAUAAUAAUGAUGCUAUUAUGAUCUUUCUAUCUACCCGGAUAUAUAUGUCGUCUAACCCCCGGCCUGGAUCGCGGCGCCAUUAUUCUAUACAAAUCCCUCCCCGCCAGCAUCCUCCGAUUUCCUGUUUCGGUUAUCGCCCCCUCUUUCUCGCUUGUCUCUAUUCUUAUUUCUCUCUUCCACCUCCCUUCCUCCACCUCUUUCUCUUCUCUUCUCUUUUUCCUUUCUCCUCGUCUCUUACAUUCUAACCGUUCUACUUUCCACGUCCUCUCUUUUCUUUCCCAUAACGUUGACUCGUUUCGUUCCUUCGCAUCGUUUCUUUUCGUUCCUAUAAACAAGACAAGUGGUAUCUGCGCAGUAUCAU